CUUACUCUGUGAAUGACGCUUUUUUUUGGCUUUGGCUAGCUUGUUUUUAUUUUAUGCCGCGGUGUAAAAUGGGAAAUUAAAAUAAGAUUCCCAUGAUGAGUAAGCGUCGCCGUGCAUCGUCAGUGGCGAGCCGCGGGGCUGAUGGAGACGAGAGUGAUGACGCGCUGGACAACCCCGGCCCGCCGCCCUCCACUCGGAAGAAGAAGAAAUUAGACCCGGGUGAAAUGUGCCAGCAACUGUACGACACCAUCCGUUCAUACAAGAAGGAGGAUGGCACUCCACUCUGUGAUUCCUUCAUCAGAGCCCCGAAGCGGCGACAGGAGCCACAGUACUAUGAAGUUGUCUCACAGCCUAUUGAUUUGUUGAGAGUUCAACAAAAACUAAAGACAGACACUUAUGAGGACAUUGAGGAGCUGUCGGCUGAUAUUGAGUUACUAGUGAACAACGCUAAGGCAUUCUACAAACCAGACUCAGUGGAAUACAAGGAUGCCAUAGAGCUGUGGAGUCUGUACACCAGGACUAAGCAAGCUUUAGAAAACGGUGAAGACAUAAAGGCGAAGCAGGGCCGCACGGGCUCGGUGUCGCGGCGGUCGGACAACGCGGAGGAGAUGUCCGAGACCUCCACCAACUACGAGGGGGAUAGCGAGUUUGAAGAGCUGUUUAAUGCUGUAAUGUCGGCUCACGUGGACGGGCGUCCGCUCUACACUGCCUUCCAGUUCCUGCCCUCAAAGCGUCUCUACCCCGAGUACUAUGACGUCAUAGAGACCCCCAUAGACCUGAAGACCAUAGCGCAAAAGAUCCAGGCGGGAGACUAUUCCACUCUGAAUGAUUUGGAGAAAGAUCUGCAGCUGAUGGUCAGGAAUGCGUGUCAUUUCAACGAGCCCGGUAGCCAGAUUUACAAGGCUGCUAAGACUUUGAAGAAGGUGAUAACAACCCGCAAACAAGAGAUAGACCAGCACGGGCGCGGCCACCCCGCCAAGACGUCGGAGCGCAUCCGCAGCAAGCGCACGUCCCGCGCCGCGCCCGCGCCUUCGAGUAGCGCGCUGGCAAUUAUGGAGCCCCCGGACUCUGAUGCAGAGAGUGAAGUAAAGCAUUCCGAAGAGAGUGGAGCAGAGAGUGACGAGGAGAAGGCUGACAACGAGGACUCCCCUCAGUGGAAACUGCUGGAGACCAUCCGGAACCAUCCUGGCCCUGACGGCUCACCAAUGUCAACAGCCUUCCUCAAGCUGCCCUCCCGUCGUUUCUACCCGGACUACUACAAAGAGAUAAAGAACCCAGUCUCACUGAACCAGAUCCGGAACAAGAUCCGCCGCGGCGCCUACGGAACCCUGUCCGAAGUGGCCGGGGACAUGAACAUCAUGUUCGAGAAUGCUAAGCAGUAUAAUAUUAAUACUUCCAAGCUGUAUAAGAAUGCUGUUAAGUUGCAGAGACUGAUGCAACAACGCGUGCAAGAGUUGUUAGAGCUGGCGCAGAGCUCGUCCAGCGACGACGAGAGCCUGUCGUCCGUGAAGAGCCAGGCGCAGGCCAACACUCCCCGCCCCAGGGGACGCCCGCGCAACAACCCUCUGCCGCCCAACGCUUCAUCCCCGGUGCAUUCCCCUCUGAUGAAACACAACUUGCCACUCAAGAAGAAGCUCCACGCCAUAGCCAAGUAUCUACUAGAGUACACCUGCUCGGACGGGAGACAACCGAUGUUGCUGUUUAUGGAGAAACCCUCGAAGAAAUUGUACCCGCACUAUUAUAAUGUGAUCGAGAAGCCCAUUGAUAUGAUCACGAUUGAGAGCAAUAUUAAGAACGACCGCUACAGCUCAAUCGACGAGAUGGUGUCAGACUUCCGUCUGAUGUUCGCCAACUGCCGUCAGUUCAACGAGGAGGGGUCCAUGGUGUAUGAAGACGCGAACCUGUUGGAGAGAGCGCUGACAGAGCGACUGCGGGGCGAGGGGAAGACGCCGGCGACCAGCAAGAAUAGCGCUGUCAAGGUAUACAAGGCAACGAAACGCUCAAUGGGCCCGCAUGAGCAGAAGUUAAGAUCGCUGUACGAUGCCAUCCGAGACUUCAGGGAUCCUAAAGCGAACCGCCAGCUAGCCCUAAUCUUCAUGAAACUACCAAGCAAGACGGAAUACCCGGACUAUUACGAACUUAUCAAGAACCCAAUAGACAUGGAGAAGAUAGCGCACAAACUGAAGAACCAGGUGUACAAGAGUGUGAACGAGUUGGCUUCAGAUUUUGUGCUGAUGUUUGAUAACGCGUGCAAGUAUAACGAGCCCGAUAGUCAGAUAUACAAGGACGCGCUUACACUGCAGAGAGUUUGUUUGCAGACGAAGCAGACUUUGAGGGACGAUGACGACACGGUCCCCGACGUGCCGGCGGCCGUGCAGGAGCUGCUCGUGAGCCUGUUCACCACCGUGUACAACCACCAGGACGACGAGGGCAGAUGUUUCUCGGACAGCAUGGCGGAACUCCCAGAGCACGAUGAGUCUAUGGGCGGAGAGAGAGUGCGCGCGAUAUCUCUGGACCUGGUGAAGAGGAGACUGGACAAGGGCUUGUACAAGCGACUCGACCACUUCCAGACGGACAUGUUUGCUGUUUUUGAGAGAGCACGCCGCCUAUCCCGCACCGACAGCCAAAUCUUCGAAGACGCAGUUGAACUCCAAUCCUACUACAUAGAACAACGGGACAAGCUAUGCGCAGGCACUUUACAGUCCCCAGCUCUUAGCUUUACUAAGGAAUUGAUGACUACGAGUAUAGAGCUGGUGAAGCAAUGCAAGCUGCUGCAGGAGAAUACUGAUGAGGAUGAGACCAGGUCCAGCACAGACGAGUCGAUGCCGGCGGGCGGCACGGCGCUGCAGCACGCGCAGUACCUGAAGGGAGACUUCGUGUACCUGCAGCCGGACAAGGGCAAGAAGGAGUCGCCUAUAGUGCAGGUGGAACGCGUAUGGACUAACAACGAAGGUGUACCGAUGAUGUACGCCAACGUCUAUUUCAGACCACACGAGACGUUCCACGUGCGCACGCGCAAGUUCCUCCCGCAAGAGGUGUUCAAAACGGAGACGCACCGCACCGCGCCGCUAGACACAGUCGCCGGGCAGUGCUAUGUCAUGAAUGUCAAGGACUACUUCAAGUUUAAACCUGAAGGCUACGCCGACAAAGACGUGUACGUGUGCGAGAGUCGCUACAGCACUCGCUACAAGACGUUCAAGAAGAUCAAGCUGUGGGAGGGCGCCGAGAAGGAGGCCACGCUAGUGCCGCGCGAUGUGCCUCUGGAGCCUCUCCGCAGCGUGUCAGUGUUCCGCGAGCGCGUGGAGAAGCACCGCGACGAGCUCGCCGAGCUGGAGGUGCUCGAGCAUGUGCAGGAGAAGGAGAGACCGGACAUCCAACAAUACAACCCAAUGGGCACAGACGACGAGAACACGUACUACGAACAGUACAACACGGUCUGCUCCGGCGUAGUCAAGACCGGCGACUACGUGGUGGUAGUCACGGAUGGCGGCAAGCAACUCAUCGCGCAAGUCGACACUAUAUGGGAGACCGGCGACAACAAGGGAUACUUCCGUGGUCCGUUCCUGAUCUUCCCGUCUGAAGUGGCUAACAUCAUCAACAAGCCGUUCUACAAGCAAGAGGUGUUACUCACGACGAUGCACGACACGAGCCCGCUGGUCGGCAUCAUCGGCAAGUGCGCCGUGCUCGACUACGAAGAGUACCUCAAGUGUCGUCCGACAGAGAUCCCAGAAUCGGACGUGUUCGUGUGCGAGUCUCUGUACGACGAGUCCAACCGCGUCGCGCGGAAACUCAAGUCGGGGCUCAGGAAGUUCGAGCAUAGCAAGGACGUCACUGUUGAUGAGAUCUACUACUUCCCGAAGCGGCUGGGCCCGCCGCCUCUAGCCAGCGCGCAGGAGGUGCAGUCCGUGGCCUACAGCGGCAAGAGCUACAACUCUAACGCUGACAUGGACGCCAAGCCCCAGUUCACGGCGCUGAUCAACACCACAAUCGGCAGCCAGGACGUCGAGAUGAUACUGGAGAACUCGCUCGACGAGUCAUCGCUCGCCUCGCCCGCCACGCCGCUUUCUAUUGGUGGCAACAGCAACCCCUACAACCCGUCCAUGAGCGCGACCCCGAGCCAGGACCGGUUCAGCGCGACGCCCACGCCCGCUAGCAAGAAGAAGAAGGAACAGAAGCAGAAGAUUGUCACUGGCUAUAUAUUGUACUCGAGUGAAGUGCGGAAAGCUAUUAUUGCUAAUAACCCGGAGAGCACUUUUGGCGAGAUAUCCCGCAUAGUGGGCAACGAGUGGCGCUCUCUCCCCGCGUCCACUAAACAGAGCUGGGAGGAGCGCGCGGCCAAGUGCAACGAGGAGACCAGCGCCAAGCUCGCCGACGAGAUGCGCGAGCUCACGCAACACCCAUCUUGGAGUAAAGUGAUGGAGAUGACGUACGAGUGUCAGUGGGACACGUGCGACUUGCAGUUCGAAGAGCUGUCCGACUGCAUGGAGCAUUGCGUCGGGGACUGCAGCAGCACGGCAACCUCCUCCGGCCACGUGCAAACGCACUACCGCGGCUCUCACACGGAAUACCCGUGUCUGUGGCGCAACUGUGCGCGCGUGCGCAAGGGGCAGGCGCCCUUCCCCAACCUGGCGCGCCUGGUGAAGCACGUGCGCGACCUGCACAUCAACAAGAGCAACGGCAAGCCGCGCGCGCACCACGAGCGGGCCAGGAACUUCGUGCCGUCGUCCAAGAAGCCCCAGAAGCAGUACACGGCUGUGCGCAGCGGCGUCAUGUCGCCCGGAGGCUCCCUCUCAGCCAUGUCGCCGGCGUGCCGCGACACGCCGUCGCCGUCGGAGGCGCCGUCGUUCGCGCCGCGCCACGCGCCGCCGCUGUUCGUCACCGCGCCGCCGCGCUCGCAGCGCCUGCAGCACUCUGAUGCUUACAUACGAUACAUUGAGGGUCUGCACUCUGACCAGAAGUACAUCACUCCGUGGGAGAAAUCCUUGACUCCGAUGCCUCUCAACCCAGACCCGGCUCACUUCAACAUGAGCAAGUUGCCGGCUCAUUGGAUGACCGAAGACGCCGUUAACGGAUACUUGGCUCAGGACAAGAGUCUGUCAGAGACUGACAUACAGAAGAUGGAUCAAAAUACUAAAGUGUUGAAAGGGCUCUGCGCUCUAAGAGAUUUCAUGAUGCGAGACGCCUUCAAUAUUCAUAAGCAUUACAAUAUUAGCACUUAAGGUUUGGGUAUGUGGUGAUUUGAGGCAAUCAUAUUAUUAUGCACUGUGCAUGUUUAGAUAGUAAGGAAAUCAUUUUUAUUUGUCGCUGAUUUUAUGACUAACUUUGAAGAAUAAAUGCAUUUUAUAUAAGAACUAAAA